AAUCGUGUUUGUGGUGCUCACGUUGUUUGCCGCUAACAUGGUUUGGCAACAUCAUCAGUCCAUCCUGGUUAGGACCAGCACGUAUCCAUCGUUAUUAAAAACGCAGUCUGCAACAAACACGACAUCGGUGAAGCGCAUGACGUCGACAGACACGACCACGUCUACAGAAAGAGAACAACCUAUGAGAAAUGCGACUCCCGCCAGGUACAUCAUUUACGAAUGCACCAAAAACCAACUUUGUGGUGGGUGGGGCGAUCGACUUAAAGGAAUCGUGUCUAGCUAUUUAAUAUCUCUCAUUACCAACAGAACAUUUGGAAUCAGCAUAACAGCGCCGGCCUGUAACCUAACUGAUUAUUUUGAACCACACCUAAUCGACUGGAACAUCGAUUUAGAUCGUCUGAAGAACCUGCCAUCUAAACGAAUAAGCCACAUGGAUAACGGUUUAUUUUUCAGAACAGCUGACACAAAGAACUUCUCCGCACUGAUGAAGGAAACUGUGAUAUACUACAGACAUAAUUUUGAAUUUAUUCCACGACUUCAGGAAAGCGACUUCCAUGCCUCUGAUUUCUUGUGGAUGAAAAAAUGGACGAGAGACAGGGUUUUCGCACAUGUUAUGAGAAUUUUGUUCAAACUAACAAAGAGAUUAAACACAGUGUUGAUCGAUUUUAUUAACAAGGCGAAACCAGAUAAAAGAUGGAAAUUAAUGUGUGCUCAUAUUCGUUUGGGUCGAAACCCAACAAUUCCUAAUGAUUCUGAACAACGCAACACUAACGAGACAAUUAAAGUAAUCUGGGACUUUAUAACAAAGAAUUUCACGUGUGAUUUAUGUAAAAUAUUUCUUGCAUCAGACUCAGAAGUCGUACGACAGAAAGCCAAAAGUUUAUUCCCUGAUAAAAUAGUUGACAUUCCUGGAGACAUAGUUCAUAUUGAGAGAGGUCAAAUGAAAAACAAAUGCGACGCAUUCAGUAAAGUUAUCUUGGAUCAACAGGUUUUAUCCAAAUGUGAUUCUCUACUUAUUACUAAAAGCAACUUUGGAAAAAUAGCUGCAUAUUUAAGGGGAACUGAUGAAAACCUUUUCUGUUCUGCCAACAAACAAAUUGUGAAGUGCCUGCCUAAUAACAUUAACACAUUGUUUGGUAUGAGUGGCUGAUGUCAUCAUAUGACCUUUACCUAUGCUGACGUCUCAGACUUGGUCUGUGGGUCAGAACUAUAGUUCUUAAAGGGAUAGUAAACUCAAACAUGAGACUUAUGUGUUGGAAAGAUGCCUACCCGGACCACCAGCACAUACUAAUACUUUAACAAAUGAAAAACGCGUAAGUUUAGAGUUAAUGAAAACCCGUGGAUAUUCCUGCUAACUGAAGGCAGCCAAUUUCUUUUGUUUUCGUUGCCGCCGGAAUUCUAGCUUGGGACGAAGUAACGUCAGCUCCGACCAACUCCUGUAUACACAGUGUAAACAAACGCAGUCAUUUGCGACAAGACGCUUCGCUUUCAUUAACCUGACUUGUAAAAAACCCAUAAAUGACUUGAUCAUUUCCGGCAAUACCCGGGAAUAGGAAGGGCAUGUUUUUUCUGCCUCUAAAUAAUAUAGAUUUGAAAUCCAGUCCAAUCCUUAUAUAAAACAGUUUUAUUUGGGUUUAUUAAGUUUUGCCAAGUGUGUGUUAGUUUGGUGUGUAAGUCUGUAUUGUUAUUUGUUCAUGUCAAAGCGUAAUUAGGUGUAGAACAUAGUUUUUUACGGCCUUGUUUACGUUUUGAAACAAACAUGAUAGUAGCGUGGGUAGUGCCAAAUACCCACUGUCUUUGGUUACGGUUGCGAGCAGUAGUUAUGUUUGUCCACAUUUCUAAUAAACGUUUCGCAGAUUACUAUCGUUAUCACGCAAAGCACUAGAGCUUUAGUGAACAAGGCCAUUGACAACUUAAAUGUUAG